UUCUAGAACAUAGAAUUCAUGCUGUUUCCAUGACGUGGUUUGACUAACAGAACGGGCCCAACAAGGAGAUUAGUUCAAAACCAGGCUCGCCAAGCCCGACAUUUUGAAAACCAAAAGCCUAGAGGCAUGAGUCCAAGACCGUCAAUACUAGUGCCGUAAAUUCCUUUAUUGUUUAAAUGGAAAUAUAGGUUUAGAGACAUCUAUAUAAAUCCAUGAGGAAGCCCUAAGCUGAAUCUUUUUACUUCAAGCACACGUCAUCAUGUCAUCGGAGCCUGAGAUUCCUGUGAGCAAGAAAGCCGCCAAGAGAGAAGCCGCCAAGCUAGAAAAGUUACGCCGUCGGCAGGAACAAGAAGAAGAAGAAGAAGAAGCGGCAACAGCUUCAAUGUCUCUCGAAGAAGAAAACGAAGAGCUCUCCAGUAACUACGGCGACUUAACACGUAACGAGUUGCGAUCCACGUCGGAUCCAAAAGCCGGAAACUGGAAGGAGGCUGUUCAAGGGAAGAAGCGGACGGAUGUGAGCGCUUUGGAGGAAGAGAUGGCUGGUUCUGAGGUUCUGAUCAAAGGCAGAGUUUACACGUCUCGGCCACAGUCUAGCAAAGUGUUUGUGAUAUUAAGGCAAAGUGGUGGUUCCACUGUUCAGUCCGUAGCCAAGCAACCGAACGUUAGCGCCAACAUGAUUAAAUACAUAAAGCAGCUGUCUUGCGAAUCGGUUGUCGAGGUUAUUGGUGACGUAGUUGUCCCUACGAACCCUGUCAAGGGAACUAGCCAAGAGGUGGAAAUUGAGGUGAGGAAAGUGUACUGCAUCAGCAGAGCCUUGGCGAGAUUACCACUACGUGUGGAGGAUGCUGCUCGAAGUGAAGCUGAGAUAGAAAAAUCUCUUGAGAGUGGAAGACCAGCUGUUCGUGUCAAUCAGGAUACACGCUUGAACAAUAGAGUUCUUGACAUCAGAACACCCGCUAAUCAAGCCAUCUUCCACAUUAGUGACGAACUCGAACAUCUGUUCAGAGGAAAGUUACGAUCGAUGGGUUUCGUUAGUAUCCACACACCGAAACUGAUAGCUGGAAGUAGUGAAGGAGGUUCAGCUGUGUUUAGGUUGGACUACAAAGGACAGCCUGCUUGCCUAGCUCAGUCUCCUCAGCUUCACAAGCAAAUGGCUAUAUGCGGUGACUUGCGACGCGUCUUUGAGGUAGGUCCUGUUUUCAGAGCUGAAGACUCGUUCACUCAUAGACAUCUCUGUGAAUUCGUGGGUCUUGAUGUGGAGAUGGAGAUUGAUGAACACUAUUCUGAGAUAAUGGACCUUGUGGACGAGUUGUUUGUGUUUAUAUUCACUGAGUUGAAUGAGAAGUGCAAAAAGUUACUUGAAGCUGUUGGAAAGCAAUACCCAUUUGAGCCUUUGAAGUUUCUUGAGAAAACAUUGAGGUUAACCUUUGAAGAAGGGAUUCAGAUGCUUAAGGAAGCAGGUGUGGAGGUUGAUCCUCUUGGCGAUCUAAACACUGAAUCUGAGAGAAAACUUGGCCAACUUGUAUUGGAAAAGUACAAGACUGAGUUUUAUAUUCUGCAUCGGUAUCCAACAGCGGUUAGGCCUUUCUACACAAUGCCUUGUGCUGAUAAUCCUCUUUACAGUAACUCCUUUGAUGUCUUCAUCAGAGGUGAGGAGAUCAUGUCAGGAUCUCAACGUGUACAUAUCCCAGAAGAGUUGGAGAAACGUGCAGGAGAAAGCGGCAUUGAUGUCAAGACAAUAUCCACAUACAUCGACUCAUUCAGGUACGGAGCGCCUCUACACGGUGGAUUUGGAGUUGGGCUGGAGAGAGUGGUGAUGCUUUUCUGCGCACUGGACAACAUCCGAAAAGCAUCUCUCUACCCUCGCGACUCUCGCAGGCUUUCACCCUAAAUAUUAUCUUUUCAUAUCUCAAAGCCAACGAGAGAGCAUUUUGAGUGUUGUUAGAUGUUUCAGUUGUCGCCUGAUUCUUGUCCUUUUUAAAGUUAAAUCUCGAUUUUAGUUUUGUUAUGCUUAUGUUAUGUUACAUUCGAGUUGGUUGUACGUUGUAACUAAGCUAUUUGAGCCAGGAUUUUAAAUUAGUGAUUUAUUUUU